GUAUGCACAGCGCAUGCACCGUGUUAACACAUAUGUUAUAAUGUGCGCACGAAUAUUUUAUCUGAUCUAACAGAAUAAUGAAGUACUUUAUGUGGCACUGCAUCAGACGGCCCUGAAGUAUUUAAUGUUGGUAUUGCACUGAAGUAUUUAGUGUUGGUAACAGUAACAAGUGGGUGUUCUAUUCUCUAUCGUUUUGCGGAGCACAAAUCAUUUAGAGAAUGAUGAUUCUUUAUAGAGACAUUUUGAUUUGUAUAGAGACGCUUUAUUUACUGCAUUGUCACUCUUAAAUUCAAGGUAGCAGAACGCGAACGUAAUAUUGGGAUGUUAUUGAGAUGGAUGCGAAGUCCUGAGAGAGGGGUUCCAAAUAAUCGUCGGGUUUCAAAUGAUCGUCGGGUUUCAAAUGAUCGUGUUCAACAAUGGAUCAAUUCGUUACCAGAACCUACAAAACCAAUAGUUUGUACAUUGGAACAGAAAAGAGAAGUACAAUUACGACGUAGACCGCCUAAAGCUAAAGAGAUUAAAGAGCCGUGUGUUGAAAAAAUAGAAUAGCCAAAUAUGAUCGUUUCAGCACCUAUCAAUGUUCCCAAUACAACAGCGACGAUUAAUACCGCUGGCCUACCAAGCUCGUUACCUCAUAAACUGAUGCGUGAUCCUAGUUUGCAAUCUGACAGUAGUCAUUGCAGUAGCGUUGAAAGUUUACUAGAAUUGAGAAAGGCAGAUCCAGAAGCAAUUUUGCUUGGUCUUGGAUUUGGUGGUUGCUCUAACAGCCCACAAGAAACUGGUUCCUUUUCUCGAAUACCAAAAAGAUUUUUACAACCAUCAAAAUUAAAAGGCAUAGCCAUCAAUGAUUUUAUGAAGCAACAACAAGAAACUAGCGAAUCCUUUGAUUCUGUAUCAUUAGGAUACAGAGGACUAACAGGAUCGCCGUACGUAGAGCCGUCGGAAAUUGUACAAAAAAUUGUACAACGUUUACGAGAACAUGAAAGUCAUGAACACGAUCCAUAUGCAACGUACAAUUCUUACGAACAAUAUAGUCCUUUACAGUGUAAUGGCACACUUUCUGUAUUGUCUCCUGAUAACAGACAAUUUUUAGAACGUCCACGUUCAAAAAGUCCUGAUAUGCGCAAUAAACGUAUGAUUAUCGGACAAAAGUCGUUUGCGUUUGGGCACGAUGGAGAUUUAAUUGAAAUCGACCUUUCUAACGCAAAUAAAUCAUCUGGACACGAUUCGAACAAUGAUUCUAAUACCAUUAAAAAUUUCGAAACAUCUGCUGAUCUAACAAACAAUGAUAAUGCUCACUGCAACAUCGCGGAAAUAAGGAAAAUAAUACCGAAACGAUUAUCAUUUGAGGAGAAUACCGAAUACGACAACAGCGAUACUGAACCGACGAUAGAAACACAUAAAGGGAAUUUGAAUGUAACGUCAUACAAUUUGAACGAUAUUCGAAGGGCUAGUUCGGGAUCAUGCGAUACAACGAUAAUAAAUACUUCGGCGGCGAUACAAAGAAGAAGAUAUAGUGAUGGAUUUGUUCACACUACCAAGAAUACUAAUGAAACCGACCUGAUACGAAAAAGAAAAACUUUGAAACGACAGACUCGGAUAAGCGACACGGAUACGACAAAUUAUUGUGAUUCAGAAGUAUACAUUUCUGAUACCAUGCAUCGCAAAGAAUUAGAAUGUAAUCUGCAUACGAAAGAUGAAGCUUGCGAAGGUGGUGAAAAUAUUCGGAUAAAAUCGAUGCAAAAUAUCAACGAAAAUCCUAUUGUAAAAUAUCCGUCGUGUACGUUGUCUAGCGAUACGAAUAACUGUGUACAACCUGAUAGUAGUAGUUCAGUUAAAAAAGAACAGCAAAUUGAUAACGACUGUUGUAUCAAGAAGAAUCAGUCUGUACAUAAGGAAGAAGAAACAACUUGUUGCUGUCAUUCUGGUACUAAAAAAUAUUGGAUGGAAAAAAUUAUUCAGAAAAAUAAGAACUUGGAAAAUAUGGUAGUAAAAAGUAGAAGAGAAAUGAAAGAAAUUCGAGAAAUGCUAAACAACGUAUUAUCAGUACGCUUAGAACCUGGUUUUUAAUUUGGAUGUAUCAAUAUACAUCGCGUAAAAAGGACUAUUCGUGAAGAGCAAUGAUAAUCAGGCAUGUUUACGCAACGUGUAUCGUUUUAUGAUGUAAAAUUUUUAAAUUCGUCACAAUUUAAACGAAAUUUUUAUUAUAUACAUAAUGAAAGCGAUUCACAAAAUUUUUCGCAGGGAAUGAUUUUGUACGUAUAAAAACAUCUUUAUUUAUAAUGAUGAUAUUUUUAUGAUUUAAAUAAUAAAUAAAGAUGUAAAUAUUUUGUUAGAA